AUGUCAGGCAAUUUGGAUUUGCUUGAACAGCUUUUUACCAAGCUGGAAGUCGCUGUCAAUAAGACGAGGUGAGUAUGAAGACUGUUUUGAAGUAUUCAGAAAAACAUCAUAUCUAUUUUCAGACCAAAAUCAUGUGGAUGUGCAAAUAAAUGCUUAGUCGAAAUCACUUUUUCUUCUCAAACUUUCAAAACUCGCUCGUUGCAAAUUGCUGCAGGGGUGAAGCUUGGCGAAAGCGUUCAGUAUCUUGAUGUCAAUCGUCGACUGAAUUGUUAUUGUGGGCGCAAGAAUGUCAGCCAGGAUCUUGUCAGACAAAAUUCAAGCAAUCUAUGAUUUUUUUGAGUGCCCGAGAAUUCUCGAAUAUGCUGAGAAAUAUUGAGGAUUGGAGAGAUGCUGUCAAAAAGGCUCGUAAGACAGCAUUUGGUUAAAGCUGUUGAAAAGAAAAAACUGAGGUAAGUAUUCUGAAUUUACGAGACAAUUCAAGUAAAUAAUAACAUUGCGUUAUUUUUUAUUUCGUGAAACGUCACAUGAUAUGUGUACAUAUUGUCCUUCCGAAAAAAAGAACCUUGGAAGAGAACCGACAUGGCCUAGAUUGAAACCAAUACUACAGUAGACUUCGCGAAAUUUUGGAGUCUCAAUUUUGAAAAAUAAAAUGCGAAAUUUACACGCUGGCUAUGUUGCCAACAUCAGUUUGAGUAUGCAUGUGUCACGUCAUUUUUAGUCUACUGUACGUGAGCGCCAAUUCAAACGGGGGUUCUUUUAUUUUCGGAAUGACAAUAACAUUUUUUAUAGAUUACGGUUAAAAUCGUGUACCAAAGACAGAAUAAUUACGAGCAAGUUUUCAAAGUCAGCCCAUUUGUUGCUGUUGAAAAAAUCUACUCUUUGGUACGUUUUUACUGACUGGGAACAUUUUUGAAGUGAAAUGGUUUUUUAGUAUUACCAAGCGCUCACUUUUCGUCAACAACCGUUUGUGGCUGGAAAAUCAUUAUCACAACAUGGAGUAAGUUAUUUGUAUUUCAAAUUUCAUUGACGUUUUUUUUAAAUUUUGUAGGUUGUUGAUGGUUCUGUGAUCUACUCGCGCUAA